GCGUAGUCGAGCCGCCCGCAGCGCCUGACACCGCGCCGCAGCGCCCGACACCGCGAGGCGCGUUCGCAGCGCUCGGCGCGCCGCGAUGGCCAACCCGUUCAACAUCGGCGUCUGCGUCGUCAUGCAGCUCCUGCUGCCCGACGACCGCCUCAACGACAUGGACGAGGCCAGCGACGACGAGGCGCCGGCGCGGCCCGAGCUCGCCGCCGAGGAGCUCUUCGCCGUGGCCCAGUUCCUGCUCGACGAGAUCCAGGCCAUCGAGGGCGUCGAGGACGCCGUCGCGACGAUGCCGUGGUUCGCCGUCCUCGCGCGGCUCGCGCGGUGCUUCGACGCGUCGGAACCCCCCGCGGCCGACGGCCUCGGCGACCGCGUCGCCGGCUGGUGCGCGCGCGAGCUCGAGGGCCUGACGGCGUCGCCCGACGCGCUCGUCGACUUCCUCGACGACCUGCGGCGCCGCCUCGAGAAGCCGUCGGCGGGCGAGAAGGCGCGGCGCGGCGCGUGCUUCACGACGCACGUCGACGGCGAGUCGGUCUUCGGCCUCUUCCUCCGGCGCACGCUGCUCGACGCGUCGCUGCGCCACUUCGACAGCGUCGUCGGGACCUACGACCGCCUCGUCGUCUACCAGAGCGCGUACCGCGAGGACGUCGCCGCCGCGCCGCCCGCGCCGCCGCCCGCGGCGGCCGCGGCGGCGCCGCGGGGCCGCGCGGGGUCCUUCGACGAGGAAACCUCGCCGCCCGCGCCGCCGGCGCCGCCGCCGGUCGUCGCCGCGUCGUCGUCGUCGCGCCGCGCGUUCUACCUGUCGCUGCUUACCGCGCGGCAGCUCGAGCUUUAUCUGGAGCGCCGCAUCCUGAGCGUGUCCGCGGACGUCGGCACGUCGACGCUCGAGGAGACGGAGCGCGAGCUCGCCUUCCUCGAGGCGCUGGAGCCGGAGCUGCCGCGCGCGUCGUUCCUCCGCUACCUCUCGUGCGUGCACCACCGCGAGCUCCUCGGGGCGCUGGACGCGCUCCACCGCUACUUCGACUACGCGCGGGCCCGCGGCGGCCCGCGGAGCCCCAACGACGCCAAGUCGGCGCGGGGCGUCGCCCAGUACGCGGCGCUGAAUCUGGCGGCGGUCCACGUGCGCUUCGGCCACCACGGCUUGGCGGCGAUCGCGAUCGACGAGGCCGUGCGCGUCGCGCAGCAGCGCCACGACCACGCCUGCGUGACCUUCGCCCUGUCCUGGCUCAAGCACGUCGACGAGCAGGAGCGCGAGGCCGACGCGGACCGGCACGGGCCGCCGCUGCCGGGCGAGGACGACGGCGGCGGCGCGAACGUCGACGCGCUCCGGCGCGCCGCGGGCCGGGCCAAGGAGCUGGGGCUCGGCGACCUCGAGGCGGCGUCGACGCUCGCGUUCACCGUCGACUGCGUGCGCCACGGCAUGCCCUCCGACGAGCUCCAGCUGAGCCCGUCGACGCCGGCGUACCAGCCGAGCGACCUCCACGUGUCCGCGCUCGCGGCCUGGGAGCUUUUAGGCCGCGCGACGAAGGCUUUGGAGGUGCCCGGCGAGCGCGACGGCCCGGCGGCGCACCACCUGGCCAUGACGCCCCAGCAGCGCCUCGCGCGGGACGCGGAGCAGCGGCGCCGGGGGCUGCUCGGCGAGGCCGAGGGCGCGGGGCUGGGCAAGGACGCGGCGAUCACGGAGCGGCGCACGGUGGCCACGGACGCGCCGCGGACCGUCGUCGCCCAGGCGGCGGCGAAGCGCCACGCCGUCGCGGGCGGCGUCUGGACCCACUUCGGGUUCCGCCGCAUGUCGAACCUCGCGUCGCGCGCGCUCCUCGCGACGGCCUGUGCGACGGCGCGGCGCGCCGCGGAGCGCCAGGCGCGGCGCGCGGGCUCCCGGGGCGCGCGGCCGGCCGACGGCGACGCCUGCGGCGGCCUCGUGCCCCACGCGAUCCGCGAGAGCGCGGCCGCGGAUUUGGCGUUCGCCGCGCUCUACGGCGACUUCCGGCCCCGGGAGCGCGACCGCGACGGCGGCGGCGCGCGCGUGGCCUACGCCGUGGCCCUGCGGCGCCUCGAGCGCCUGGGGGCCCACGCGUCGAACCGCGUGUCCUCGAACAUCGCCAUCCGCGCGGAGUACCUGCUCAAGUUCGAGUGGGCGCUGCACCGCGGCGCGAACAAGCGCGCCGAGGCGCUCGCGUCCGCGCUGCUGGGCGUGAGCCCCGUCCAGGCCGACCUGGGGCCCGAGGCCCACGUCGAGGCCGUGCGCGCGUCCGCGCGCCUCCUGGCGCGGCGCGAGCGCUGGGAGCGCGCCGUGAAGACGAUGAACGAGCUCGAGCGCUACUGCGGGCGCAAGGGCCUGUGGGCGCAGCAGGCGGAGUGCCUCAUGCUCGGCGCGCACUGGCGCCUGGACGCCUGCCCCCAGUCGCCCGUGCCGGCGCUCAGCCCCGCGCUCCGGUGCCUCGCGCUCUGCGAGAAGUUCGCGCUCGACCACCUCCACGCGGAGGCGGCCUUCGCGCUCGGCCGCGUCAACGUCUACCUCGGCAGCGUCGCCAAGGCGCGGAGCCUCAUCCAGGGCGCCCUGCCCAAGCUCCUGGGCCACAGCCACGUCCAGCUCCAGGGCGACGCGUGGUACGCCCUGGCGGAGACGGAGCUCCGCGAGAAGGCCUACGCGACGAAGUCGCCCGAGAUCCACAAGGACGUCGUCGCCGAGGGCCUCAAGGACUUCUCGCGGCCCCUCACCUACUACGGCCGCGCCCUCGAGGCCUUCACCUACGUCCAGAACUGGAAGCGCAUGCAGGACGCCCACUACUACCUGAGCAUGAUCCACCACCAGCUCGUCGACGCGACGGACGACGCCUGCGAGAACAAGGCGAAGCGCGACUACCACGCGGACCGCGCCCUCAAGCUCAACGACGACCUCAACCGGAGCCAGCAGGACCUCAUGUUCUUCCGGCCCAUCUGGAUCCUCCCGGCCGAGUGGGGCGAGCACCUCGAGUACAACGAGUUCGACGGCGGCCCGAGCGAUGGGAUCCCGCACGAGAUCGGCGAGCUCACGGCGCUGACGUACCUGUCGCUCCAAAACAACAAGAUCGACGGCACGCUCCCCGUCGAGAUCGGCCAGCUCACGAAGCUGCAGUACCUGAACCUCUACUCCAGCUACAUCACCGGUACGAUCCCGACCGAGAUCGGCCUGCUCUCGGCGCUGACGUACCUGAACUUCUACAACAAGCAGAUCACCGGCCCGAUCCCGACCGAGAUCGGCCAGCUCACGGCGCUGAAGUACCUGCGGCUCUGGGAGUGCGGCAUCACCGGCCCGAUCCCGACCGAGAUCGGCCAGCUCACGGCGCUGACGGAGCUGCGAGUUCCCCCCGCGUACCUCACCGACAACAAGAUCAACGGCCCGAUCCCGACCGAGAUCGGUCAGCUCACGAAGCUGGGGUUGCUGUGGCUCGAAAACAACAAGAUCGACGGCCCGAUCCCGACCGAGAUCGGCCAGCUCACGGCGCUGACGACCCUGCGAGUUCCCCCCGCGUACCUCACCAACACCAAGAUCACCGGCACGCUCCCCGUCGAGUUCGGCCAGCUCACGAAGCUGACGUACCUGUACCUCAACGACAACGAGAUCAACGGCACGCUCCCCGUCGAGUUCGGACAGCUCACGAACCUGAAGUGGCUCUACCACAACCACAUCACCGGCACGUUCCCUCUCGCCCUCUGCGACGUCGAGAAUUGCAUCGCCGAGGAUAAUUCUCUCAUCGUCAGGACCUCGCCGUGCGACGACUACAACAACUUCGUCGCGCCGCGCGUCAGGCCGGUUUGCUGCGAUAUCAUCGGAGAAAACGGGGAGACUUGCGCCGCCGCGGCCGCGGGCCUCGCCGCGCUCUCCGCGGCCCUCGCCGGCGUCGUCAUGCUCGCCUAG